GAGGUUGGCGGAAGAGGUGGAGGAAGGGUGGCGACAGAGGGGGAUGAUUUUCGCUGUCGGCGAACGUCGUUGGGUCUCACUCGUCAAAAAAGCGACGGAGUUCGCGCCGAUGACACGUACGAAACCGUCACGUACGGCGUGCAUUCGACGCAUUCGAUAGCGCGGAAGUGGACGGGGAAACGGACCCGGAAGCAUUGAGGGCAGUCGUUUUCGUGUCUCUUUGUGUCCAGAAUGCGAUGCGACCGUGGCAUCCCGCGCCCCGAGGUCGCCCGAGGAAGAACGUCGCGUUGAACUCGCACGCCGCGGCCCCGGCAGUUCGUCAUGAGACUCGGAUGACGUACGGCAUAUGCCCGUAUCGAAAAACCGGCGAGGGCUAAACGACAACGUCGCCGUGAGGUGUGCGUUCCUGCAGCUACCCGCCGUGUCGGAGCGACAAGUGUCCAAGAUCUAAGCUAAAGACAAGUGGAUUGGGGUGUGAGAGACCAAUUUGAGUCUGGCAACUGAACUGCUUUACUGAAAUGUUGACUAGAGAAAUUGUUGUAUUUCUAUAUACGUGUAUUUAGUACUGAACAACGUUGUAACAAGAUUGAUAUGAUAUAAUAUAUCCUGAUUUCGACGAUAAGUGAUAUUAAAGAAAUUAGACGAUUUAAAGAAUCCAUUUAGCGAGACAAGAAGCAAGUGAAGUGAGAACUAUUGUCUAUCGUCGAGAAACUCAACAAGUCAAAAGACAUUUUAUCGAGACUUGAGAGUCAACUAGAGAUAUUCCAAAACAAUUGAAUGUCAAAAAUAGAAGCAGGCAACGGAGGAGAAAGGGAGGAAAAGUUUCCUUGAAACGGGGAAAAGAACUUUUCUUUCGGAGAUUUAAUCCGUCUCUUCGGUCUAAAGACUCGUAUUCGGAUAUUGUCGGUUCCAGUGAGGCGACACCAUGUUGGAAUUUUAUCCACCAGCGCCUGGUUCUUUCAAUCGUCAGAGCGAACCGGGCCAACCCUUGCCGACGGUUCCAUCUAUUCCCUUUCGGCCCACAACCGAUAAUAAUAAUGCAGAGCCGUCUAUUUCCGUGAAGACGGAGUCCGGGCUUCUCGAGACGAUCUGCGCCGGCUGCGGCCGCAUCAUCGCCGACAAGUACGUGAUGCGAGUCGCCGAGAGGAAUUACCACGAGGAGUGCCUCUCGUGCACGGCAUGCGGCGCGAUGCUGUCGCACUCGUGCUUCAUACGCGACCUCAAGCUCUACUGCCGCUCCGACUACGAGAGGAUCUUCGGGGUGAAGUGCGCGCGAUGCAUGGAGAAAAUCAGCUGCUCGGAUCUGGUUAUGCGGCCGGUGUCCGGCCUGAUCUUCCACGUGGAUUGCUUCGCGUGCUGCAUGUGCGGCCAGACGUUGCCGCGGGGCGCUCAUUAUAUCCUCAGGCAGGGCCAGCCGAUUUGCAGACGGGACUUCGAGCACGAGCUUUUUCUGAAUAGUCCGCAAGAUGAUGACUUGUUGGACGAGAAUCGACCACGGGACGGUCGUCGGGGUCCGAAACGGCCUCGGACAAUCCUUACGUCGGCACAGCGACGUCAGUUCAAGGCAUCCUUCGAGGUGUCUCCGAAGCCUUGCAGAAAGGUGCGCGAAGCACUCGCCAAGGACACUGGCCUCAGCGUGCGCGUGGUCCAGGUGUGGUUCCAGAAUCAGCGCGCGAAGAUGAAGAAGCUUCAGCGGAAGGCCAAAACGGAGCCCGGAUCCGAAAAAGAGCCGAAGGAAGAGCGAAGGACGGAGAGUCCGCACAGCGAUCACAGUCAUUACUUGAACGCCCUGAACAUGCGCGACGGGGAAUCUUCUAGCUUCCCCUCAGCCACCCAACCGCUCAACCCCAAUAACCCGUACUCGCCCGACGACGCGUAUCCGGGCCACUCGGGGGAGAGCUUCUGCAGCAGUGAUCUGUCGCUGGACGGUACGGACGGCGGCUUCGACAUCGGCGAGAACGACGGCGGCGGCGCGGACGGUAGUCAUCAGGGUGCCUCGCAUUCCCACCACGGCUCAUCGUCCCACGACACCCCGUCGCUGUCGCAGAGCUUGCACGCGGCCAUCAACAAUCCCAUCGACAAACUGUUCAUGAUGCAGAGUAGUUACUUCAGCGGCGAUCACGCGUAAUCCAAAUUUCCCCCUCUUCCUUCCUCACUUUUUCCCACUCUCUGUCUCUAUUUUCCUGGAAUUCGUCGCUUAUUUCUAGUCUUCUCCCAGUUAUAUCUGUGCGUCCCUUCGUUCCUACGAAACGACUUGCUUUGCCAACUUGUAGAGGAAGUCGAAUCGAAGUAAUCGCGGUCAGUUGUUCGAACUCAGACUUUUUUGUUCUACGGUCGUUGCUAAUCUGUUUUCCAGUCAAAGUGAAAGCGAUAAUUGUAAAAACUUUUAUUCUUGUAAUUAUUUUCCCUCUCUAGUUGACUCGGUAUACUUUCAAUCUUUAAAUUUCCGAUGUCAACGAUUCUCCAGAAAGUAUUUGCUUUACUCUCUGUUUCAGAUACAAAAGCUGUAUUUAUCCUCUGUGUGUAAUAAAUACAUAUUCAUAAAAAUGCUA